UUUGCGUUUCUCCUCUCUCAAAGCUUCCAGCAAACAUGUCCGCGCCCAGACCCAUGGCUGCGUACGCCAGCGCUUCGUGAUUGUGCGGGAAAGCAAAAAAAAGAGUGGCUACCCGCGAGCGAAAAAGUCAUGGCUGUGGUGCGUGCGGUGAUCGUGAACUUUGUGUUGGCCUGUGCGUGUGUCGGUGUGCUCGCGCAGUUCAACUGGCACGUGCGGGACAACUUCGACGACAUCCGGACACGGAUCGACAAAGUUAGGGGCGAAAACUGUCGGGUCGUCGAUGUCAACGAGCUCUUCCUGCCCAACGAAACCGUCACUCAUGUGCCCAACAUCCAGAGGCUCAACAUCGAUCCGGUCUUCCCGAACCGGACCAAUCUACUACACGUACACAACAUGGCCAUUUCGCGGGCAUUCUUCUUCAGUUUCAUCCUGCAGAAGGCAGCAGACAAUGACGAGCCUGGUUUCAUGUACUACUUCAUGUCGGUGAUCUCAGAUGUGGCCGCCAACCGUUUCAUCAACAGCAGCGCCAUCUACUACGGCCCCAACAUGUCAUUCACACCGUCAUACAAGGGUUUCUUCAACAAGACCAUGCCCUUGUUUGCACCGAGGGCAUACAGGGCUGACGACUUUAAUGACCCAUACCAUCUAGAGGGCACAUCAACGUUGAACACAAUCGAUGCUGUGGACCUGGGUGCCAUUCCUGUGGACACGCCAAGCCGCAACUACUCGAGUGACCAGUAUCGCAUCAACGAGUGGUACCACCACUGGCUGCCAGAUCUGACCAAGCGGCAGGACUCUAAGACUACGUACACCAUUCAGAUCACCCACUUCAAUGGCACCAAUGAGACCUUUGUGUGGCACGGACCUCCGGAUCCGUCAGACAAUCCGGGACCUGUCAAGUGGUCUCGACCAUACUUCGACUGUGAGCGAUCCAACAAGUGGGUCUACGGUGCAACUUCCCCAAUACCUGACAUCUACCCGCGUCACACGCAGUGGCGUCACAUCGAGAUCCCCAAGUACGUGGCGGUGGCUGUCCUAGAGCUGGAUUUUGAGCGUCUGGACAUCAACCAGUGCCCCAUCGGGAGUGGAAAUCCCCGGCCCAACUACUUUGCUGGGACAUCCCGCUGCAAGAAUGACACCACUGAGUGUGAACCAGUCCACGGCUACGGCUUCCGGCGUGGUGGCUACCAGUGUCGGUGCCGGCCUGGCUACCGACGUCCCCGGAUUGUGCGCAACCCAUACCAUGGUGAACUCAUCGAGCGUGCCACCGAGCACGACUACCGCACAGGCUUCAACUGCGAGAAGAUUGGCUACUUGAUGGUGCAGACGCAGAAUCUGCUCCGCAUAGCAGAGGAGGACCGCCUCCGCUUCAUCGGCAUUCAGUCCAACCACAUGGCCAUCCUCAACAUCAGCAGCGGUGCCAACAAGGACCCACACCUCAUCUUCACCCUCAUGAAGGCGGUGACAGCGUCCAACUGUGCCAAAAUCGGGCAAGAACGCCCUGAGCUGCUGCGUCUGCCGGGCGAUGUGGCGCAUGGUCGUGAGUGGCAUCUGGAAAAUGAGGCACGCUCGGCGGUGCGGCUAGCAAACUUCCUCUCGGGGUUCCUGCAGACCGUUGACCCCAAGGAACUGUUCGCCGAGUUCCGAGUGCCUGACCGCUCGCUCACGCAGGACCAGAUCAUUGGCGAAGCCAUGUCACUGGUCGCUGGCAACCAGCGGAUCCUGGGCUGCGGUGUGUACUUUGACCGCAAGCAGUUUCCUGGGCGGGCCCUCUACGCGCCUUACGCCUAUCGGCGCCAUCGCAAUGAGCGGCGCUUCUACGUUGACGAUAUGGCACGCUUCCGUGGUGCUGCCUACCUGCAGGAAGGGUUCUUUUCCCAUCUGAGGACGCGCUGGGCAGCCAACCUCGAUGACCUGGUCACUUACACCACCAAGAUCCGCAUCAGGUACAACUCCACAGGCCACAACCCAAUCAACUACGACCACUACCCGCUUCAGUAUGAUGCGGCAGAGGUGGAACACGGCUACUGGACCGACCCGUACUUUGACUGUGGGGGCCUGCACACUGACUGGGUCAUGGUGUAUGCGUCACCUUUCUUUGGCUGGGACAGCCUCCAUGACCGCAUUGAGUUCAAGGGCGUAGUGGCUGUAACGGUGAUGCUGUCGGAGCUGGACAUCAACCAGUGCCCAGACUAUGACCCGUACUCGGAGGAGAACAUCUUCCAGGACACACACAAGUGCGACCGCCGUUCAUCCAGGUGCGUGCCAAUCUUGGGUCGCGGUUUCGACUCGGGCGGCUACAAGUGCGAGUGCCUCCAGGGCUUCGAGUACCCCUACAACGACCCCAUCACCUACUUUGAUGGCCAGAUUGUCGAGGCCGAGUUUGAAAAGGUCAUUGAGGACAACCCCAGCAAGUACGACACGCUGAAGUGCCGCAUUGCGGGAGCGUCGACUGUGUUCUCGAGUGCAGUGCUGAUCGCAGUGGCUGUGGCACUGGUGCGGACUCUGAAUGCUGUUUGAGCCCUGGAUCUCAGUUGUGAGGUGCUCUGUGAAAAAGACGUGUCAAGGAGCGAUCAGAGCAGCCAUUGUAUUGAAUCAGAUAGAUCUUGAGCGUUAGUUUCUCUUUGUGUGCUGUCCUCUUGGCUUAAGUGGACUGCAAGUAAUUUGUGUUCAGCGAGAUUGAAAAAGUAGCAAGCUGCUGCGACUGAAUGGCGCUCGUGGUUGUGCAAUGGAAAUGCACUUCAGGACACAAACCAGCAUGUUGUGAUAGCUGGCUAAAUAUUUUUGUCGUUGAAAUAUUUAUAAUUUCUUGGAAAGGCUAGAAUUAAUAUCAUCUGCCUAGCAAUGGACAAGCAUAGCAGCUCUCUCUCAGCAUAAGGUCGACUUUUUUUCAAGCGAAGCUUGCAUACGCUAGCCUGCGCCGGCAAUGUAACGCUAAAACAGAUCAGCUACUCUCAGAGCUGCUCACAUGCACGGAUUGCUAUAAAAAGAAAAGAGAAAACAAGCAAUAGACCCAUUGAACAGAGAAUCCUGCUGCGCUGCCGCACUACUGACGUCAUUCUCUCUGCCAGUAGGAGAUGUGUGUCUAGGUAACGUGAGAGGAACAAGUGUUUCUCACAUCAGAACACCAUCGGAGCUGCGAUGGGACGGCUGCGUGCGUGCGUUCAAGCGAAGAACAGAUGGCGUUUGAUUAAUGCCACCGGGAACUCGCUUGAGAAAGGGCUUGUCGUCGACAUGCAUACCUCGCUGUGAGGGAACGCGAAGCUGAGGCAUUACGACGGUGCUGGUGGUAGCAUCUGACUAAAGCCUUGUGUACUGCCAGAGGCUGCACUUUAAAGUCUGAAGGUCGCAACAGCUUAGCAGCUGCAUUAGGGAUUUGAAAUGCUGUGGACGUGUGAAGAAGUAGUGAUGAAUGGAGACCAUGUUGCUAGCACAUGUGCAGCAGCGUGGCUAGGAGGGAACAGAGGAGAGUGGUGCAGGUCAGUGGGAAUAAAUGGGAGGAGCAGCGUCAAAUUAGAAUGGAGACCGGCUGAUGGCUUGCUGCGUGCCACCACAUUGUAGAAGAGCACAAGGAUGAGGGAUAAGCUAGGUUGUCGUGCUAGGCCUAUUGUUUUCAAGAAUAGUGGAGAACAGGCAAACAUAUGACAGUGGAGUAAAAUGCACAGGCCAGGCCUGCCACAUUUCAAAACUCGACUUCCCUGUUCUAAACAUUGCUGUGCUCAGUGCUCAACUUUGACUCCAGAAUAUGGAGGACAUUGCUGCCCCUUAAGAGGACAGGGCUUCAGUAACCCUUCUGUGCAACUCCUACGUUCUUGAAAAUGGUACACCCGUGAGCGUGUCAUUUUGCUACACGACAGUGACCGUCCAUCCUGUGCACAUUUUCUUAACACGGUGUGCCUGGUACAUUCCUGUCGUGAUCACAUCCCAUGGUAUUCCUGAUGGGGAAGUAUGAGGUGCUCACACACGGGAAAAAUGGUGGUGCCCUUUGGGCAUUGUCUUGUCCCCAAAUGAUAAUCAUCAUUAAUCUUGUGUGUACAUUUUCUUUAUUUGACACUCACUUACUUUCAUAUCAAAAGGGCUAUGUCACACUGAUACACGCAUGCCAUUUGUGACCUGAAAUUACCAGGAGGUCAACAUUGAAAGAAGGAAAGGGGAGGGGUGUUUCUCGAGUGACUCCUCACCUCAGGGAUCGCCGAGAAGUGCCAUUGAAACCUGAAUACUGCAUCUAUUGAGAGGCGGCAACACCGUCAAAUUUCUGGAGUCAAAGUGGAGUGUCAAGUGGAGUUACGCUUGAGAGCAUGGGUGUAAGCCUCGAAGCAAAGGCUGCACGCUGCCCGAAACACAGCAUGUAAAAAUCAUGUAAUAUUACAAACAGUCUUAUUAUUCACCUGCAAAAAUAAAGGAAUGGUAUGACAUUACAGACAUGAAUAUUUUAUGCAAAGCAUGCAAAAAGGAGAUAUGCGCGCUUGAACAUCUGCUCUGGGAGUGUGGGUCACUCGGCCCUGUCAUUUCCCGGAAUCGGUUUUUAGGAAUGAUCAGAUCUUCAGAUCAUAUCCCUCAAGUCCUGGCUGUCCAGUACGCCUGUGAUAGGGCUAGGAGGCUUGACCUCCCGGUCCCGACAUGGGACUAGCCAGGCAGGUGGCAACACCUUGUACAGGACCAGAAUAAAGUUUUUUCCUCCUCCUCCUCCUCCACGUAAGCUCAGAAAAAUAUUACUCCAGGGAGAGCAUUGAGGUGGAGCACACAUAUUAAGCACAUUGAAAGAGCAGCUUGGCAUGCACUAAGGCAGCUACCACUGACACGGUCUUUUGUGUGGCGAGCAAACAAAGGCUGUCAUGGUUUCGUGUUAGUAUGUGGACUGCUUUGAAGAGUGACUGUUUGUCACAUUGUGAACCUUUGAGAGAGUUUCGGAACAGUACAAAGAAUGGUCUGGCAUAUUGAAGCUGCCAUCUGUGUUGCGAGGAGGCAAGAGCAUUCAUAUUGAGAGGGCUGAGGAGUGAACCAGAGUAUAACCGCAGAUGCGGUAUAAUUCAUAUUUGAUGUCGUUUGUGCUGUUCCCUUGACGGCAGUUGCGCAAACGAGGAAGUUAUAAAGCAGUGCCUUUCUGGUCGGACCAAUUCGUGCCAUUGAGGAUACGUGUUUUUGUUUGUUUGCCUGGGGCAAAUUUUAAGCUUUUAGAGUGUGGCUGUCAUGAUUCUUUGUGGUUUAUUAUAACCACCCCCCCCCCACACACACACAUUACAUCACAUGUGUCGUACCUCACCAGUUGCAUCGCAGUUCCAGAGCUUGAUAACUACUCUGAUGAAGCGACAGCUUUUAAACAAAAAAGAUUAAAAAAGCAGCCACCAUUUUCAACGUUUAAAGCAGUGCCAGUUUUCAUAGCGCCUUUUCUGAAACUCUGAACCUCAUAUCUUAAUCAAGUGAGGAUCUAAAAUGUUGAAAAGGCAUUCUUUAAGGAUUUACCUCGUCGGUACAUAUCACCCGCUUUAUUAUCUUCAUUUUUUGACAGCAAGUGCCUUUGAGUGAAGUCAAAGGAUGCGAUCUCCUGAAUGGAGUACCAGGGGCACUGUUUGCAAUGUUUAUCGAUUGUGUGGUUCCUAUUGACCAUGCCAGUCUAGCCGUCCAUUUUUAACUGCUACCGAUCCAUUAUACCCGGUGUAAAUCAAAAAAGUCCUUUCAUCACGAACUUUCUUUUAAAUGCUUGUUUAAAAACUAUUUCUGAUAUUUUUCUUUUCUGGCAGACUUUAACUGUAACUUUCUUUUAUGGUGUGUGUUUCUGAUGUACACUUACUUUUUACUAGCCUAUUUCUAUACAUAUGACUAUUUUCUGUGCUCUUGAAAGUUGACCAGCUGGGGACGUUUAUGUACAUAUUAGCCAAGACUACUGAAUAAGGUGAAUCUCAGGCACAUGCCAAUGUGUGUGUGAAACAUGACUUGUGAAUUUUUGUAUGUGAUGCAUGUGAAAUGCCUUCACUUUUCUUAUAUUAUCUGUGACAUUCCAUGAGCACCUCCUACGGUGAUUCAGCACCUAUUGAGCACGAGGUCGCGGGUGCGAUCCCUAACCGCACCCUGGUGGGAGGAGGCAGAACAUCCGUGUACCACCACCCAUUGGGUGCACUUCCAAGAACCCCCAGGUGGUCCAAAUUAAUGUAGAGGUUCCACACGACAGCGUAUGUUCACAACCUUGUCUUGUUGAAGGGUCAGCGCCCUCCAUUGCAGUGUUUGUCAUAGUUGAGCUUACACUGCUCGGAAGAAAAAUAACUGCAGUGGGACUUCAGAUCACAUUUUUGAUUGGAAACAAAAUCUGGUUAUGUGAUAUUCAUGAGCUAUUAUUGAUAUUGAACUGGUCUGUGUUUGGAAACCUGUGGAUACUUAUGGUUUCUUGUUUUGAUGGUGGGUUUUUCUCUGCUGUGUGAAUGUCCAUGAGAGCAUGCCUCAUUUUAUUUUUGUCAUUAUUUGUUUCGUUGUCUCUGUUUCGAGAUCUGCAUGGCUUUAUUACACUGUUCUGCCUUUCCUUGUGCCCAGGUUGUUUGCUAAUGCUGUUCUUAUGAUGCAGACGAGAUUCUUUAUGUUAAUGAAGAUCAUUUUCACAUAGCAGAAAGCAAGAUUUCUGGGUCCUUGUUGCAUUUGUGGAAAGUUAUAACGCAUGGCAGUGUUGGUAUAUUCUCUGUCUACCAUUCCUAUGAGGGUAACUUUUCUACAGUUUCAGCUGUUGUGUAAAGAGUACGAGAUGAGUCGACAUUUAGACAUUGUAAGAGUUUUAGUGCAUGUUACACAAUACUUCUGCUAAACCUCAUAAUGUGUCUGUGAACUGUCAAGCUCAGACACCUGUACUGAAUUUAGUAGGAGAGACAAUUUGAACGCAGACAUACUCACAUGAUCUGAGCAGUUCUCAGCCAGUGCAUUAACCAUCUCGUCUGUGUUCCUGCUGGUUCUUCCCCUAAACUCGUUGUGCAUAAUGAACUAGCCCAUACUGCCACUCUACUCAAGUCCGUAUUAUUUACUCCACUAUUAAAGUGAACUCCAUUAAGUAUUUGGCUGCAAAUUACACCUAAAUUAGAACUUGAAUGUAUGCAGACUAUUUUUAUUGCAAGCAUGUCAGCAUAGUGGCAUCCUAUCAGCGUUUCUUUUUCUUCCAGUAAAGCAGAGGUGCUUCAGUUAUAUUGUCUUUACUACUAUGUAGCUGUAGGUGUUCUGUUUAAAAGGUUGGACGGUACUGUGCACCUGUAUGUCUAGGAAAAGAAAUUGCUCAUUACGAGUCCAGUCAGUUUAGCCGAAAUAGUUUUACCUCUGAGUAACAGGCUGAACUAUUAAAAUUUCUGUCAUGAAAGCAUGCUUACUUCACUGCUUUGGCUUGUGAACCUUCAAGUGUUUAUGCUCAUUUUGGCAUGAGUUCUCUGCAACUCUUUCUCAUGCAUAGUAAUUCUCUCAAAUGCAGUACUGUUAGGAGGAUGGCUACAUAUUCUACGUGUGAAUACUUCAAAGGACACCAAAGAGAAUUGCUAGAGCAGGUUAGAUGAGUAAAGUAUUCUUUCAAAAGGCUGGUAUUUCCAUUCAUUUGGCUGGAAAAGGUUGGUCACCAGCAGCGGAAAUCAAAACCAAACUUUCCUUAAUUCCAUGCCCCAAAUGCAGUGCAGGCAUGUCAGUAUGACAUCACACAUUUAGAAGUAUUUUCUCAUGUUUGGCAAGUUUUUGCGUGGAGUUGUGAUAACUGGCUCAGUUGAGAGCUUGGGUUAUUUAACCUGUAAUGUAAGCAUUAUUCGCCGAUAAAGUAGUUCUGAACAGACUCUGUCAAAAUUUAUGCUGUCAUAGGAAGGUGUGGUGCUGGAAUGUGAACGUGGCAUUGCCACCUGUGUUUUUAAAGCAAAGCUUUCUUAGCCAACCUUCCCAGACUUUGCCGACCGUCGCUGCUGGGUGCUAGUGUCUUGUAAAACAGUUCCCACACAGAAAGCAAUUUGCGUGUCCAAUGGUGUUAUCAAAGCUCAGUCUCUCGGCAUGACAGCCUUAUGCUCUAAUGAUUAGGCCACAAUUACACGCACACUGCUCUCAUGCCAACGCCAGGUAGCUCUUCUAGAUGACUGGCACGUGCAUCACAUUGCAUAGCACACGUGUGCCUCACGAAUGUUAAAUUUCACGUAGAUCCCAACACUUGCAUUGGAGCUGUAUAAUGUUUGUUUUUAUAUCUGGCUUACCAAGCCUCUAUUCACAGCAAAGCUUUGGUAUGGCAGAGGUGUAGUUUGCCAGUCAAGCUCAACCUAAUACUAUUCCUAUUUGUGUCCCUUUACUAUAUCUCUCUAGUGCCUCUUUCAGUAGGCAGGCUUAAUGAACCGUGUCAUCCCUAGGUUUCAGAUAACUCCGCGUAAUACUGCAGUAGACUUCCAUUCACUCAACUCUAGUUAAUUAGAUUUUCUCAAUGAUUCUAUCCUGGCCCAAGGUCUCGGCUGGCGUUCAUGCAUUCCUAUAGGCCCAAACUUUCGUUAUUUCAAUCCUAAAAUUGAGCUUUGCCGAAUAUCUCGAACUUGAUCAGUCAGCACGCAUGUGCCCGAUCCCAAUAGGGACUCCAAGAGCAACUUCUUUAGUGGAACCGUCUGUCUCAGCGGAGCUUCAGGGACAGUGAGUGCAUUGAACACAUGUAAUCUCUUGUUGAAAAUGGCUACCUUUGGUGUGCCCUAGAAAGAUUUUGAAGCAGUAACUGUAGCUCACAAUGUCUGAUUACAGUAUAUACCCAAUUCUAACACGUGCCUUUAUUCUUUCAAGAAAACCGAGCCGAAAAUCACCCGCACAGCGCAAUCUGGACCCGAUACCAAAACCGCCCUUGUGGUGUUCGUUGCUUUACCGCAUCACAUGGAUGUAAUGUUGCGAAGCUGACUAAAAUUUGUGCAACAAAGCUGACUUUAGAAAACCGGCUGUUAUUGUGCAAUACAUGUUAGACCCUUGCCCAUUUUUCUUGCUAGAAAAUCAGGUGUGCGUUAGAUUUCUACUUUUUUUAGGAGCUUUAAUGUCGUUUCUGUGUAAGUUUUCUAGUGUAGAAACAUCGAAAGCAGGCACGCGUUUGUUUUGGGGGCAUGUUAGAAUCUUGAAAAUACUGCCAAAAUAAUCAGCAGUGUGUUUCAGCGUUUUUUCCUCAUCUUGUUUAAUUCGACCAGUUUGGCUGGUCCUGUCAGGGUCAGAUUAACAGAACUUGACUGUACCAAUAACAGUAACAUAAGGCUGUAUUUCAUGGCUGGGCAGUACAACUUUGAUUUUGUUCAAGUUCUAUUGCACUAAUGCAGUAGUAUACGACACGGUAGACAGAUAUUUACCUUAAGUCCCAGUGGGUAUGAGUGUACUCCAAUGACCUGUAACGUUGCCCAUGUAGCAGGAAUAUUUGUGCACAGACAAUUUCUGCUGAAAGGUCGCGACGUGUUGAUUUUAGGAUACUGGACACUCUCUUUCACUGCUGUUGUUUCUGUUUCACUCUGCAAAACUUGUGAAUUCUUUAUGUUGUCUUGCUCUUGCUUUCCAUCCACUCUGUUGCAUUUAUAAUUACCUCUUGAAUACAUUGUGGGGGUUAGUGCAGCUUAAUUUAGAUAGGUAAUGAGAAAAAGUAGAUGCACCAGGAAUGGAACGGGUAAUAGGCAGUGAGACGUUUCAUGCUGCAGUCGUGGUGGUCAGUGGGAAUUUUAUAAAUCGUCAUGCACAUUCUACGUGCUGUGUUCCUGUGCCUGCAAUGGCAUUCAGGUAUCCCGCAAUUUUUUCUCAAUUGAUCUGCUGCUUUUGAGCACAGAUUACUCAGUGACUAAGCCAUCUUUUGACACAGAAGAAAAACAAAGGUUUGCAGGCAGGACUGUAAUGUAUUGUUCUACCAAGACUUAGUGUCUGCCUAAUGUGUUGCUUUACACACAGAGCUUUAUUUAAUUUUUUCUUAUUUGCCUAGGGGUUGCCAUGUGGCGUAAUGUCGGAAAGAAACUAUAUAGCAAGUAUGGAGGCCCGUUUCACAUAAGUACUGCAAAAGUGACCUAUAAAAUGUAUUAUCAGGGUUGAAAUGUGGGAUCACGCAUUCCAUCCACUUCUCUUAUGACUGGUGCAACAAUUCUUGCUGCUAUAUCACUUCCUAAAUGCGUGACAAGAAUCUCUGAAACCAAGGGUAUCGAUUUUUAACGUAUCCACAUCCUCUAGCUGGAUUUUCUUGUAUAUUUAUGUUUGUACUGGGAGUGCUCUCAAUAGUGCUGUACACCUUUACACAAAAUGGCAACACUGUAUGUUGACUUCAUUCCCUUUCUCUGUCACCAUCAUUGAAAUAUGCAGGAUGUUCUAAAUACCAUGCAUCACAGUUUUAAAAAGGACGGGCCAUUCUUCACAAAGAUAACGUAAGUGCAUGUUGUUCACAGUCAAGUAGAGCAGCCAGCAGUAUUUUAUUGCAGUAGCAAUUAUAUGAACACUCCUGCCACAUUUCUGCCGUCGGCGUUGCCUUGAGGUCCUGCAUAAAGUUCAAGGGUGAUAAAAUUGUCACUGCAUGCCACAUGCUGUGUGUGUGAGGGUUAGCCGGCAAUCGCAGCUGAAUUUCGCACAUGCAACGAUGCAAAGCGGGGAGGAAGCACGCCGCCUUUUAUCAUGCGCAAGUCUCCGGCAGGAGGGGGAGGGGCCGGGUUGUACUCCAGGUGGCCCGGGAGGCUGCACGUCCGGCCUGGCCGCUGUAUCUUAAAAGCCUUAUGCGACGGGCACAGAGUCAGUGCUGCGCCGUGUUUUUGCAGCGUAAUUUGCGUUGAUGCGAGCGCCUGCACGAAGGUCAAUUCGCCUGCUGCUGUUGCCGCACUUCCUCACUCCAGCAUUUUGACAGCGAGUUUCUGCGGUCAUCGAGUGAGAUGCGUUCAUGUUGGCUUGUGCGUGCAUGACACCAUGCUUGUUAAUUUAGUUAGUAUGCCUAUGUUUACAAGUUUGUACGGUCGAUAAAACUACUCUCCCUACUUUGUAUAGCUGUCCACUAACUUGCUAUUGCAAUCGAUGCUUCUGGGCGAAACUGUGACUUUUUGUUGAUGCUGUUUAAUUAACAUAUAAUUUUGACUAGCUAAGUUUUUAAUUACUGCAGCCCUGAAUGCAAUGCCAUCAGGGAAUAAUUUGUAGGAAAUUGAAAGAAACCUAAAGCUGGCAUGUUUUCAGUCGGGCACAUUUUGCCCAUUAAUUAUUUUGCAGCUGGUAAAAAAAGCCCACAAGAAAUGAAAAGAUGUCACGGGACUAACUGUCCGCCCGCAUCAAAAGAGCAGCGCCCUCAAACAAGCUUCAUAGCAGUUAGCAGAGCUGCCAAUGCUUGUCUUGUAGCAACACCGAUUUGUCACACUGGUGGCGGCUGGGGCGUAACAAAUCGCCUACUAACUCCUGUGGAGCUUGUUUAAAGGGACCCUGAAACGAUUUUGGCGAUUUUCUACAAACGUACUGAGUCGUUAGAGUAGGUCCUUCUGAUCAUUAAUUGACACAUCUAAGUGCUCUGCGUAAAGCGUGUAAUUUAUUAUAAGGUUUUAAAAAUGCACAUCGCUGUCGAUCGCAGAGCACUGCUCGGCGGAAUUUUAAGCCGCCCCUACCCAUAUGAUGCAAAUAACCCAUAUGACGUCACAUGGGCGAGCUAUCUGAUUGGCUGACCAGGGUGCGUGGUCGAUAAUUUUUCCAACUUUAUGGUGAACAAAUGAUGCUCGUAAUAAUUGGAAUGUUAGUUACUUUGUUUUUGUAAAAACAAAAUAACUUAAAGAGAAUACACAAGAAUAGUUUUUAGUACACUUGAGCACUUCCGGCACACAGCAAGUGUCGUCUGCUUGUGUUACAACGUGCGCAGUCUUUGACGAGAGCUCCGCCGUCAGUGUCGAUCAGUCUUUUCGUGAGCACGAUAAAUCACCCUUGUUGCGUUGUGGGCUGCAGACGUAGCGACUGGAAAGAUGUGAAGUUGCGAAAUCGUGUCUCUCUGCAAGGCAGCAUACGAGCGAACUGGCUGCUGUGCAUCGGACUGCGGCUAUCCGAUAGGCGCCAGGAUUUGCGCGUUUGUGGCCGUCACUUUACAGCGGAAGAUUACUAACGCAAUAGCGCUUCGCAAGUCCGGUAUUAGGGCAAACACAAGCGCAAGGGGACAGGGUCUGGCCGCUUGACUGCGCCGGGAUGAGCCAUGAGAUGAGCAGAAAGGUAAAUGUGAAUGGUCUGCACGGUGCAGCCACCUGGUGGCACAGAGCUCAACCAUACACAGUAGCAGCAACGAAGUGCAUUCUUCUUUGCUGCUGGUGUGUAUUUUUCGCAGGAGUGUAAUCAUCAACACGUUGUUCUUAUAAAUGUUUAAAAUGUUUUACACUUGGUUAGAGCAAUAUUAGCACUUCGUUUGACUGGUUAAGCGCUGCGCCAACAAGUGUCUGGACAGUGCAGACCGAUCAGGCUGCUCAUGUACGUCUACUCUGAAGUUCCUUCAUCAGCUUGAGUUUAUGCCUCCAGUCGUUUGCCGAAAUGACCAGCUUGCCUGUGGUUACCGGAAUACCGGCCACCUUCGGCGCUACGACAGAAUGCUCGCAACGCACGCUGCUUCGAUGGCUCUCGGUCGAUGGCCAAGCGGCCAGCGGAGAGGUCUCGCGCGGGAGGAGGCGUGCUCCAACAAACGGAAGUGGACGAUGUGACGUCGCAUCGUGACGCAGGACCAGUGAAGGCGGAGCUUAGCGCCGCUCGCUCGGCGAGCGAGUUGAGGAGGAAAGGCAUGGCUAGGGAGGAGGGUAACUUCUAAUCGCUUGUAACUCCAUUAAUACGUAACGCUUCACUUAAAUUGUGGUGCGAAUGUUCUACUUAAGCUGUACCCUAUGCGCCUACAAAAUUUGUCCGAACCGUUUCAGGGGCCCUUUAAGGAUGCUGCUAUUUGAUGCGGGUGGAUGGUUAGCCAUGUGACAUUUUUCAUUUUUCGUGAGCUUUCUUUACCAGGAGGAAAAAAUAAAGGGGGCAAAAAGUACCAGGCUGAUAACAUGCCAGCAUUAAGUUUCUUUCAAUUUCCUACAUAUUCUUCAUUGACAGCAGGCAUUCAUAGCAGUAAAUAAAAUAAUUAGUUGAAUACAAUGAAUUAUUAAAUUUAAUGGCAUCAACAAAAAAUUACUGGUGGCUGCUGUACUCGAGUGUAAACAAUACUCUCUUGGUUAUCCUUGUGUAGAAUGGCCUGUCUUUUUCAAAAACAUGAUGCAUUAUAGCUGGGACACCCUGUAUAAAAAAUAUUCUCUCUAUAUUGGUUGUUCACUUCUUUAACUCCUUAUAUAGUGAUGGAGCUCAGCUUGUAUGCAUGAGAUUGUAGAAUGCUUUAAUUUUGCUUGGCUGUGAUCCACCUCUUCAAUAGUAGUAUAAAUAGGAAGUUAAAAUUCUGUUCAUCUGCACACCUUGUGAGGUGAGACGGUUGUUCGGUUGUUUGUUUUUUUUUUGUUCAAACUGUGAUUUGUUGUUACAUGUUGCCCUGAAUUGCAUGCUUAAUAAACAAACAUUGAUUUAAUAUGUGUCCUAUGCUUUCAGUAAUGGCAAGCUUUUUAUUGGAUUGCGUGUUUUAGAACAUUCCAUGACAUUUUGUCUCAUUCUUUGACCUUCCAAUAAAAGCACCACUUCAAAAAGGAGAAUGGGCAUUUCCUGUGUAAGGAAUGCACAAGUUUUCACUAUUCCAUCCUAGUAUGUGAGGGGACCAGUGUAUUACGGUGGCAGCAAUGGAGACCACUAUAUUGUGCAGUAUAUCGUGCAAUGUUGUAACGCACCAAUUGUAGUGGAGCAGCAUAAUUGCACCAGAUAGAUAUUUAAUGUUAAGCAGAAGAUGCAUGGUACAACGUAGCAAGGUAGAAAGUUGGGUGAGUUGGUACAAGUUCAUAGUGCAAAAGGCGCACCUUUAACACAAACGGACAGAAGAAAAUAUGAGAAAGAGCACCUUUCCUUGUCUUUGCUUCUGUCCGUAUGUCUUAAAGUUGUGCCUUUUCUACCAUGGUACGAUCCAGUGUCUGAUAUGACUCCAACAUGCACGGAGUCUGAAAGAUGGCUGCUCUUAAGUUUUUUAACCUUCCAAAAACCUGAUGGUAACUUGCUGGAUAGGGCUGUCAGUACAACAGCUUGUACUUAGAUUGCAUGUGAAAUUCUAACAUGUGUCUUCUGCUUUAUGUAUUAGGUGCUGCUUGCCCGGUGGAAUGCACAUUUAUUUUCUAUGAAAGUGUGUGCCCCUUUUUAAUAGCUUCCUUUCAGUGUCUUGUAAUAUAGCGUGUUGACCGUAAGCGAGGUGCCAACUACUGUUUCGGUAGUUGUUGCAGAAUUGCUCAAUUGUGUGAGUGCCCAACAGCUUGCCAUGCCUUAGUGUUGUGCAUACUUGGGAAGUUACGUUGAAGGGGUUGAAUCUUGGGCUGCAUACUGGAAUGAUCACCUUCAGGCACAUUGUUUUCAGUAAGUGCCAAUUGGCUGAACCAGUGGAAGGUUCUGUGAUGAAAGAAACAUGAAGGCGGCUGUACGUCCUGCCGGCAUUUAAUAUUGCAGAAUUUUGUGUAUUGAAUGUACUCAUAAUUUGGAUGACUAAAACGUUGGGAUGCAAGUCCUUCGCAUCAGCGAUGGGUCUUGCCAAAUAUUACGUCGAGUGAAAACACCGCUGAUUGUGACUGUUCCAAAAUGUGUGCGUGCCUUAUGGUAACCGUGAUCAUAUCAAUUUCUUAUGUUUUUGUCUGUACAUCUACUGAUCCAUUUGCUGUGCACAACAAUACAGUUCGUGAAGUUUGUACGAAGGAAUAAAUGACUUUAAAAUUGC